AGUGACGACCCACAACUCCGAGGUUUAGCUUACACUCAGCUGAUUGUCAUGUUGAACACAUACUCCACAACUAAACACUCUGAUUGUUUUCAAGGCUUUAAUGGUGACGAGUUGUGUGAGAAAGCUCUGAUGGACGCGGCUGACAACCCAACGGUUCUCUGUCAUUGUGGUAAAUACUUCAAAAACUCAGACAUUGAUAAGUCUAUAGAAUUAAUCGAAAAAUCUCUCUCUAUAAGAAAGAAUACGAUAGCUUUCCAUUAUCUGGGAAUAUGCUAUGAAGAAAAGGCCGAGACACUUGCAAUGGGUUGUUUAUCUCCAAAGGAAAAAUAUCUAAAAAAAUACAGCCCUACAAAAAGUCCCUUUGACAUACAAUCAUCAAAGAAGCUAUUAGAUGAAAACUGCAGUCUCGUUCAAAAAUCUGAAAAGAAUUAUAAAGAAGCUAUUAUGUUAUCUAAACAGAGAAAUAUACCAUCCAUACUUAGUCUAGGCAAACUUUAUCAAAGAUCGAAUCGUUUUAAACAAGCUCUGCAACAAUUUAGGCAAAUUAUACGUCUGGAAGACACAAAGGUGGACUACCUAGUAGCCUUAAUUACGGCCUAUGAAGGGGCAGGUAUUUGUUUGCAAGAGCUCCGCAAAAUACAUCAAGAAAAAAGCCAGGAGUUUUAUGUGCAAGGGAGAGAAUACUUCACCAAAGCUAUCAGCCUUGCUGCCGAUCUCGCAUCCAUGAAGUCAGGUCCGCAACAAUGUAGAACAUUUGUAUGGAAAUCAUUUGAAAUGUUAAAAAAAGAUAUUGACUGUAUGAAUGAAUGUAAAGAUAAGAGUAAGGAGUACAUCCGACUAUUAAAACUUAUAGGAGAUUACAGGGGAAUUGUUACUGCCAUAGAAACUAUU